GAAAGUCUCUACACAAUUCCAUGCCGCUGUGGAACGCCCCCAAGGCCAAGGUGCAACUUCGGCUCUCCGUUCAACGUUUAAGAACUCUACAGCAGAAGAAGGAGGCUCAAGCAAAGGCGUCUCGUCGUGACAUUGCUUUUCUUCUAGAGAAAGGCAAGAUUGAAACGGCCCGCGUCAAGGUCGAGACCAUCAUCAAUGAAGAUAUCCAUGUGGAACUGUUAGAGUUGCUGGAACUCUACUGUGAAUUACUCCUGGCAAGAUUUGGCUUGCUUGACCAACUUACACGAGAACCAGAUCCAGGAGUUAGCGAAGGCGUUUGCGCCAUUAUCCAUGCUGCUCCUCGGACAGAACUCAAAGAGCUCCACAUUCUCCGUGAUAUUCUCAUGCACAAGUAUGGCCGUGAAUUCUCAGUUGCGGUGAUGGAGAACCGGGACGGUGUCGUUAGUGAUCGUGUGGUCCGGAAACUUUCAGUCGCCACACCCUCAACGGAUCUGGUCAAUGCAUACCUGGCUGAAAUUGCAAAGGCAUACGGCGUUGCAUGGUCAUCGCCGACUUUGCCAGGUGGAGAUGAUGCGGGAGGUGGGGAGAAGGGACCUGCAAUUGACGCAAGUACAACUGAGGUUUCUUCUAAAUCGGAAUCAGGAUCGGGAUUGAGCCUUCCUGAAAUUCCAACGGAUGAGAAGCCUUGGACUGUAAAGCCACCGACCUCCGACGCUAGGACAGCCAAUGAUUCGACAAGCCCUCCGGCUGCUGGAAAAGUCAAGGAUGAAUUUGAAGCCCUUGCUGACCGGUUUGCGGCUCUCAAAAAACGCUAGGAAGCAUGGACAUAUGUGUCGGCCCUGGAGCCUAUAAAUAGUCUUGAAUAGAAGUUUCAUCAUGGGUCUGAAAUCCCCUGGUCACCAACUAUCUUGCGGCGUCUCCGUUCGGGUCGACCAUUCUUGUGAGCGGUACGCAAGGUUUUAUGAUAAUCUCUGAGAAGUU